AAGACAUAUUGACUGUGUGCGUUUUAUGUACCCGCAGAUCAAGCUGAUUACAGCAAACUAGGUCAAGCACCCUCUGAGAAAGCGAACAUGGCUUAUAAUGUUAAAAAGUUUUUUCUGGAGCUAUGGCGGUUCAAAGGAUCCCUUGUGAUGGUGCUGACACCUUUAUUGCUGCUACCCCUACCCCUAGUCAUCAAUACAAGUGAAGCGAAAUGUGCCUACGUGAUGAUCCUUAUGGCGGUCUACUGGAUCACGGAGGUGAUUCCAAUUGCUAUAACGUCUCUACUCCCGAUGGUUCUACUUCCAUUGAUGGGCGUCAUGGAGUCGGAAGAUCUUGCAAAGAAUUACAUGAAGGACACCCAGAUGUUAUUUGUCGGUGGAUUGAUUGUGGCUGUCGCAAUUGAGAAAUCAAAUCUCCACAGACGUAUCGCACUUGGAGUGUUACUACUCGUGGGUUCUAAGCCACAAUGGUUGAUGUUAGGGUUCAUGCUACCGACAUGGUUCCUGAGCAUGUGGAUCAGCAACACGGCAACGACAGCAAUGAUGAUCCCAGUCGUGGAGGCAGUCCUGCAACAGCUAACCGAAACACGGAAACUAAAACAGAAGAAAAUAAGUGGUGAGACACCUCUAACUGGUCCAUCUCCACGCAACUCAGAUGUUUCACUUAAUGGUGUACCCGCAAUAUACUCAGUGAGAGAAGAUAAGGAUGCAAGUUUAAAAUACGAUGUCACCGAUUUAAACGGUGACACUCACUCAAGCUCGUUUCCUACCAAGGAAUCACUCGAUGUUGAAGAUCAAGUUUUUAAACAAGUUGACUUAAAAGACAAGGGGGAAUUCGAGGUUAGAGAGGCGUCGCAGAAGGGGGAUAUAUCAGGGUAUGUCCCAGUCUCAAAAGCAGACAAAGAAUUUAUACAAUUAUGCAAAGGUAUGAGUCUCUGUGUCUGCUACUCUGCGAAUGUCGGUGGAAUGUCUACAAUAACUGGUACUGGGCCAAACCUCAUUAUGAAAGGACAAGUCGACCUGGUCUUCCAAAAACAUGGAUUGGAAUCUUCAGGAGUAAACUUUACAACAUGGAUGUUAUUUGGGUUGCCGAUAGCUUGUAUCUGCCUCAUCCUUGCGUGGAUAUGGUUGCAAAUAGUAUAUUAUGGACCACGGAAAUUCCUUUCAUGUUUUUCUAAAGACAAAAAUCCAGACGAAACAGCAGCAGUGAAGCGUGUCAUCAGAGCGGAAUAUGAAAAGUUAGGAAAAAUGAAGUUUAGAGAAGUUGUAACUUUGGCCCACUUCGUUAUGCUUGCUCUAUUAUGGUUAACAAGAGAGCCAGAGUUUAUACCAGGUUGGGCUGCAGCCUUUACAAAGGGAUAUGUAACAGAUGCGACUCCUGCGCUGUUCAUAGCCAUACUGCUUUUCCUGAUGCCAAUCGAGUGGCCUGAGUUCUUAUGCUGUAGAACAUGCUCAAAAACUGAAAAAGGUAAAUCCAAACCGGUUGACCCCCUUAUGGAUUGGUACACGGUGCAACAUAAACUGCCGUGGAGUGUAAUAUUGUUGUUAGGUGGAGGAUAUGCUCUGGCAGAUGCCUCGGGGGAAUCUGGUCUUUCGAAAUGGAUAAGUCAACAGUUAGUAGGUCUGAGUAAUCUUAAUCCCGUUGUCAUGGUACUGGUAAUAUGUAUAUCCGUUGCCUUGUUUACGGAAAUCACUAGCAACAGUGCUGUGACCACACUCCUGAUGCCUAUUCUAGCUGAUGUGGCAGAGGCUGUUGAUGUUAACCCUUUGUAUCUGAUGUUCCCCGCAGCCAUCUCGGCGUCGUUUGCAUUCAUGUUACCCGUAGCAACCCCUCCUAACGCCAUCGUAUUUUCCUAUGGGAGAGUUAAAGUUAUUGAUAUGGCAAAGGCAGGCAUCGGGAUGAACAUCCUAUGUGUAUUGGUUGUUACCCUCGCCGUACAGACAUGGGGUAUGGCGUUCUUCAAUCUUGAUAAAAUCCCCUGGGAGACGAACCCGACGAACGUAACAACAGCUGCAUCGAUCAAUAUGUAGACUUUAUGAAGACUGUCUUACCUCUGCUACGAUCUAUAAAACGCAACAUUCCAUAAAACGCAACAUUCCAUACAACGCUAGAGUCCGUACAACACAAAGUUGGUGUUCUGAAUAAAAUCAUGAGGGGCUUUCUCAAGAAACUUCAUAUUGAGAUCCAGUCCUAGAAUAUUUGGAAAAAUAGAAAGAAGCAGAACACCAAUACUCAGCAUUGUUCAAUCAAUAUAAUAUAAAUCAUUUGAAGUCAAAUAUCUAUAGACUUCAAUAUUCUAUAGUAUGCCAUGGGAAUGGGAUCUAGAAUGGAAAAAGGAAAAAAACGUCUCCGAAGAUCAAAAUAGUAUUUUCAAAAAGGAGUGAAUAUCAUGAUCUUGCCAAAAAAUAUAAAUUUCAUAAAAUACCUAAACAUUAAUUUCAUUGCAAACAUAUCUCAGGACUACAAAGAUGACGAACUUCAGGCAUGGUGAAUGGUUAUUUGCAACGCAUGGCAUUAUUGGUAUUAAAACGCAAUAAACUAUUUAUAUAGAUUUCAGAAUCGCUCCUAAACAAGCAGAAGCAAAAAUUGAAAACACCUUAUAUAAUGAACAGAAUGAUUAACAUAUUCCGCGUAUACGGCAAUCAAAGAAAUAUGAUGAAAAUGACAUUUACAAUUCAUGAUUAAAAUAGUAAAAAUUAUAA